AACAGAAUUGAUGACAUGGUUAAAGACCAUCAUCUCUGCAAUGAAUCGGCACAGCUGCAUGGACAAACUGUGACGUCUUAUGUACUAGAUGUAGUGGUUGUUUCUUUGUCACUUCUGAUAAUAUGUGGUAAUCUUCUUGUAAUCAUCUCUGUAAUUUACUUCAAACAGCUGCACACUCCAACAAACUAUCUCAUCCUUUCUCUGGCUGUGACUGACCUGCUUGUUGGAGCUUUACACCAGGCUCACACUGACUCCGUUUUGCCUUUCAGUGCAAUAUUGUCUAUGAGCUCAUGCUGGUAUUCAGGUUAUUUACUCUGUAAAAUGCGAGGUCUGCUUGACAUAUUACUAUGUGCGUCAUCCAUUUUAAACUUGUGCUGUAUAUCAAUAGAUAGAUAUUACGCAGUCUGUCAUCCUCUGACAUAUAAAAGUAAAAUUAAUAUUUGUGUCACCCUUACUAUGAUCCUAGUGAGUUGGACUUUCCCAGCUCUAUUUUCAAUCAGCAUCUCAUUUCGUGGGGAAGAAAAUUAUAGUUGGAGGUGCAAGAUAUUUGUAGCGACAAAAGAUUCCAGCCCUGGAACAACUUUGGCCUUUUACAUUCCUGCCAUGACAAUUUUAGCAAUAUAUCUUAAGAUUUUGAUGUUGGCAAAGCAGCAGGCAAAGCACAUACAAAACACUUUAAAGUCUCAAGGGGCUCUUUUUAAGAUUGAGACAAAAGCAAACAUAACUCUGGCUGUAGUGUUGGGAGUCUUCCUCAUAUGUUGGUCUCCUUACUUUUUAUCAGCUGGUUUAUACAGUAUGGGGAGGCUCACAAUACCAGUUGUGGUGAUUGGAGCAUUUAAAUGGCUUGGAUGGUCCAAUUCUAUGUUAAAUCCUUUGGUUUAUGCUUUCUUCUACAGGUGGUUCAGAAAUGCUUUUAAAAUCAUAAUUUCUGGUAAAAUAUAUCAAGGAGAUUUUUCCAAUAUGAAGCUGUGA